AUGGGUGGUGUCACCGUUCGCGAUGUGGACGCGCAGAAGUUCAUUGCUGCUUACUCUGCCUUCCUGAAGCGUCAGGGCAAGCUCCCCAUCCCCGGAUGGGUUGACACUGUCAAGACUUCUUGCUCCAACGAGCUCCCUCCCCAGGACGCUGACUGGUACUACGUCCGCGCCGCUGCUGUCGCCCGUCACAUCUACAUGCGCAAGACCGUCGGUGUUGGCCGCCUGCGCAAGGUCCACGGCUCCGUCAAGAACCGCGGUUCCCGCCCCAACCACCACGUCGAUGCCUCCGGCUCCGUCGACCGCAAGGUCAUCCAGUCUCUCGAGAAGAUCGGUGUCCUUGAGUACGAUGAGGACAAGGGCGGCCGCCGCAUCACCCAGUCCGGCCAGCGUGAUCUUGACCGGAUCGCCAAGACCACCGUUGACGAGGAGGAGGAGGACGAGGAGUAA